GCGGGGACGCGCUGUCGCGCUGCUGGGCUCGUGGAGGAACGAGACCCGGAACACACCGGAGCGGGAGACGAGCGCCACGGGGCGCUGGGUUCGCCGCCCGGAGCUCUGGACCCACUAUAGAAUCACUUGAGGAGUUUCUGUUUGGUUUAAAGUAUCAAAGACUGGCCCACCACCACCAUCUUGGUUCCUUUGGUCUGGCACUUUCACAUACAGCCCUCAUUUUCUGUGAGCUGGAAGUUAAAUCCAAAGGCUUCUUUAGGUUCUUUCAAGACAGUUUUGGCAAGAAAAUUUCAUCGGUGCUGCUGUGAGAUGCACAUGGUUCUCCAUCAGGAAGCAUGGCCGCUGGCCCUCUGGUGUGAUGCUGGCUUUUGUCACUGAGUUAAGGAGGAGAAACCCCGCCAGUGAACAGAGGACCUCCCUCAUUCCCCCUCCCUUGAACUUGAGCUAAGGCACUAUGGCCACAUCGGCCCCACUGCGCAGUCUGGAAGAGGAGGUGACCUGUUCCAUCUGCCUCGAUUACCUGCGGGACCCCGUGACCAUUGACUGUGGCCAUGUCUUCUGCCGAAGCUGCACCACAGAUGUCCGCCCUGUCUCAGGAAACCGCCCAGUCUGCCCGCUCUGUAAGAAGCCUUUCAAGAAGGAGAACAUCCGGCCCGUGUGGCAGCUGGCCAGUCUGGUAGAGAACAUUGAGCGUCUGAAGGUGGACAAGGGCCGGCAGCCAGGAGAAGCGUCCCGUGAGCAGCAGGAUGUGAAGCUGUGUGAGAGGCACCAUGAGAAACUGCACUACUACUGCGAGGAUGACGGCAAGUUGCUGUGUGUGAUGUGCCGCGAGUCCCGGGAGCACCGGCCCCACACGGCUGUCCUCGUGGAGAAGGCCGCCCUGCCCCAGAGGGAAAAAAUCCUGAACCACCUGAGCAUCCUAAGGCGAGACAGAGACAAAAUUCAGGGCUUCCAAGCAAAGGGAGAGGCUGAUAUCCUGGCCGCGCUGAAGAAGCUGCAGGAGCAGAGGCAGUACAUCGUGGCAGAGUUUAAGCAGGGACACCAGUUCCUGAAGAAGCGGGAGCAGCAUCUUCUGGACCAGCUGGCCACCCUGGAGCAGCUGCUCACAGAGGGCAGGGAGAAGUUCAAGACCCGGGGUGUCGGGGAGCUUGCCCGGCUGACCGUGGUCAUCUCUGAGCUGGAGGGCAAGGCACGACAGCCAGCUGCUGAGCUCAUGCUGGAUACUAGAGACUUUGUCAACAGGUAUCCACGGAAGAAGUUCUGGAUUGGGAAACCCAUCCCUCACAUGGUUAAAAGAAAGACAGGAGAAUUCUCGGAUAAGCUUCUCUCUCUGCAGCGAGGCCUGACACAAUUCCAAGGAAAGCUGCUGAGAGACUUGGAAUAUAAGACAGUAAGUGUCACCCUGGACCCACAGUCAGCCAGCGGGUAUCUGCAGCUGUCAGAAGACUGGAAAUGUGUGACCUACACCAGCCUGUACCAGGGCUCCUCCCUGUAUCCCCAACAGUUUGAUUGUGAGCCAGGGGUGCUAGGCAGUAAGGGCUUCACCUGGGGCAAGGUGUACUGGGAAGUGGAGGUGGAAAGGGAGGGCUGGUCUGAGGAUGAAGAUGAUGGAGAGGAGGAGGAGCAAGGGGAGGAGGAGGAGGAAGAAGAGGAAGCUGGCUACGAGGACGGAUACGAUGAGUGGGAAACAGACGAAGAUGAGGAAUCGUUGGGAGAUGAAGAAGAAGAGGAGGAGGAAGAAGAGGAAGCUGGCUACGAGGACGGAUACGAUGAGUGGGAAACAGACGAAGAUGAGGAAUCGUUGGGAGAUGAAGAAGAAGAGGAGGAGGAAGAAGAGGAGGAAGUUCUGGAAAGCUGCAUGGUGGGGGUGGCCAGAGACACUGUGAAGAGAAAGGGAGACCUCUCCCUGCGGCCAGAGGAUGGUGUGUGGGCGCUGCGCCUCUCCUCUUCAGGCAUCUGGGCCAACACCAGCCCCGAGGCCCAACUUUUCCCAGCGCUGCGGCCCCGGAGAGUGGGCAUCGCCCUGGAUUACGAAGGAGGCACCGUGACUUUCACUAAUGCAGAGUCACAGGAACUCAUCUACACGUUUACCACCACCUUCACCCGCCGGCUGGUCCCCUUCCUGUGGCUCAAGUGGCCAGGAACACGUCUCCUUCUGAGACCUUAAGUCCCAGCACUAGCCUGGGCCCCACACCCAAAGAAGCUUUACUUCUAUGGGCUUCCAGGACUCUGUGAUGGAGAAGUGGUGCCUGGUUCGAGCCCCUGGAGCAGGGGAGACGAAGGACCCAAAUCCACUGUCACCUACCUCCCCAUGGCGGUGGUUCGAGCCUCACUCAGUGCUGUUGUACUGCCCUAAUUGGGCUCUUCCCCACCCUGCUGGUUUCCAUGGGACCUUCUGCCCCUGAAGACCAUGAGAACUCCCUUCCUCAUGCCGGACCACCCUUUGCCCCAGCUCGCGUGGUGGAAUAAGGAGCUGAGGCAGCAUUUUCUGGUUCAAUGUGGCAUUCUGUGCCAGCUGGCCUGGGAAAUGAGGAUUGCUUAUACCUGAGGCUGUUUGCUGUUUUCAGACCCCCCUAUAGGUUCCCCUUGCUUGAAUUUACUCUUGCCAAUCUUCCAUUUUAAGCAGACCUCCUCUUACCCUAACUCAACUAGAUGCUACAUGAUGCUGGAAAUACUGACUGCAAAUCCACUGAGGCUCCCGUGACAUUUCAGUUGACCACCUGGAGCCAAUGGGGAUUAUUUGAUGA